UAUCAUGUUUGAUUACGGUAAUAACUCUCAUCGUCGCUAUAACCCUCUUACAAAGUCAUGGGUUCUCUGUUCUCCCCAUCGUACACAAAGACCUUGGCAAGGACAACAAGAAGGUGGAGAUAUUGAACAAAGACCUGAAUAUGAUCCCAAGUGCUAUCUCUGUCCUGGAAACGAAAGAGCCAAUGGCGAAAAGAACCCCAAGUAUGAUACUACUUUUCGUUUCCCCAAUGAUUUCGCUGCAGUCAAGGCAGAUCAACCAGAGCUUGAAGCCAACGACGAUGAUUUAAUCAAGGUAGAAGGUGUCCGUGGGGAAUGUCACGUCAUUUGCUUUUCUCCUCGUCAUGACUUGACGCUUGCUGAAAUGUCUGUUGAGGACGUCAAGAAGGUGGUCGAUAUUUGGACUGAUAGCUACCAAGAGAUGAAAAAGAAGUCUUUUGUUAACCAUGUUCAGAUUUUUGAAAACAAAGGUGCUGCGAUGGGCUGCUCAAACCCUCAUCCUCAUGGACAAAUGUGGUGUACUGAACGUGUACCUGAAGAACCCGGUAAGGAAUUGAUUUCUUUGAGAGAAUACCAAGAAAAACAUCAAGGCAAGUGUUUGUUAUGUGAUUAUGCUCAACGCGAAUUGAGUGAUCCUGAGCGCAAGCGUACUGUAUUUGAGAAUGGUACCUUUUUGGUGGUAGUUCCUUUUUGGGCUGUUUGGCCAUUUGAAGUCAUGGUGUUACCUAAGGUUCACAUUGGCUCUUUGCCCGAAAUGGAUGAAAAACAGAAAGAAGACCUUGCUGAUGCUGUUCGUCGUGUCACUUGUCGCUAUGACAAUCUCUUCCAAACAAGUUUCCCUUACUCUAUGGGGAUUCAUCAAAAGCCUUUGAAUGGUGAAUACCAUUACGCUCACCUUCAUCUUCACUACUAUCCUCCUCUUCUUAGAAGUGCUACUGUCCGCAAAUUCCUUGUAGGUUAUGAAAUGUUGGGUGAGCCUCAACGUGAUUUGACACCUGAACAAGCUGCUAGUCGUCUUAGAGAACUCCCUGAAGUUCAUUACAAAUCUCAGCUCAAGAAUUAGACUCUCUUUCUCUCUUUUUUGUAAUAUAGCAUAUACAUAAUAAACCACGCACAAUUUGUUAAUAUCUUGAUGAUAAUACUCCUUGUCCUAUCGACACUGUUUUUUUUUAUCAACAAAUAAAGUUGACUUUAUUCCAAGUUGCAAAUAAACACA